AUGAUAGAAGAGGGUUUCAUGCCAAAUACUGUUCUUUAUACUUCUCUUAUAAAACAAUUCUCAAGGAAGAGAGAGAUUGAAUUUGCAUUUAAGUUGGUUUAUUUGAUGGAAAGAAGUGGGAUUGAGCUAGACCUGGUAACUUAUAUUACUUUGGUCAGUGGCGUUUCUAGAAAUAUUAGGUCACUUGAUGGGAAAGGGCUUGUUCCACAGGGAAGGUAUGAAGAAUCUAAGGAAAUGUUGUUUCGUCUACUUCAUCAGAGUGUUAUGUUGCCUAAGGAAACCAGUUUGAAAAUCUCAGUUAGCUCUCAGGAACAAAUAAAAUAUCUUGCACUUUGGCUGAUAAACAAAGUGAAGAACACUCCCCUUAUGCCAAAUUUGUACUUGUAUAAUGGCAUAAUUUCAGGAUUUUGCUGGUCAGAGAGUAUGGAAGAUGCAUACAAGCACCUUGAUACAAUGCAAAAUGAAGGCAUCCAACCAAAUCAAGUUACUUUUACUAUUCUAAUUGAUGGGCAUUUACGAAGUGGUGAAAUUGAUAGUGCUGUUAGUCUUUCAACAAAAUGA